AUAAAAUAAAAAAUGACCCGAUCAACCUAUUCAUUUCACGGGCGAGUACAAGUUUCAUUCUUUAAACCCGAAACUCAUGAACUCGAAACUCGGUCAAUCCGUUCAUUUCACGAACGGGUACAAGUCUCAUUCUAUAAAUACAAAACCCAAAACCCGAUCAACUAGCCCGAUGCUCAGCCCUAGGUCACUACAAACAAAAGACACAGGGUUGCAACUGAAAAAAUCUAAGAACAGAGGGCAGAAUUGCAAAAUCUUAUAGCUCUUGAAAAGUUGAAAUUUGAAAGAGUGAAUUUUGGGGGCAAUGAGUAUUGAGUAGUGAGAAAGAUGAAACAGUGCCCAAAGAAAAUGACAUUUGGCGCGGUGGCCAAUCCCACUUCGGUUUGAUUCAAAAACUCUUCUAACAAUCGAAGCUUGCAUUUUUUGCAGAUCCCUUUCACCAUUCUUAUCAUGGCCUCCGAUUCCCCACGGUCCCGGAUUGAUCAGUUUUUCGCUUCGAAGAAGAGGAAAGCUGUGUCACCUUGUUUGAAGCAUGAGAGAAAGGAAAAGAGUUUGAAAAAUAUAGAAGGGUCUCCUAGUGCCAAAGGCACCUUGGACAGUUACUUGGUGGCUUCACAAGGAGAGGGUAACUCAGAUAAGCCUUCGCGUGCUGGUCAUGAUUCAUUAGCUCUGCAAGAUUCGGUAAAAAGAAGUUUGUCAUUAGAGAUUAAUAAGUCUAGGAAGGAUGAUUGUGAAAGGCAGCUUUCGUCAUUUCAAUCUCGAGUGGCUGAUGAUUUCGAACCAAAUCAGAAGGAAACAUCGAGAGAAUUACUUGAAGUGGCUGGUGUUGCAGUUGGACAUUCUGGAAAGGGUAGCAGCUCAGAUUUGGUGCAAGGUGCAGAAAACUCGGAAUUAAAGAAGUUUAAAAAUGACUUUUUGUCUCUGUACUGUAGUGAUCUUCAAUCAAAUGUGGAUUUGAACCCAGAGUUAAAAGUGAGUGACCAUAAGAGACAAGCUAGCCCAUUAUUGAUUGAUAACUCUAAAAAGAGGCAUUGUGUUGCCGACCAGUCACAUUUAGAAUGUGAAACGACUUGCUCUAACGAGAAGAGUUCUCAAGAUAUUCAUUCAACUGUUGGUAAAACUGAGGUUACUACUGAGGAUGAGUCGAAUGACUUGGUUACAUUUCAGUCAAGUUUAAAGAAAUGCAGUAAUAUCUCUAAAUCAUCUCCAGACAAGAUUGAACUCCAUACACCAGGUUCUCUGACUGCUAAAAUUUGUUUUCGGGAAACUCCUAAGUCAGCAUGCAGAAGCUCUUUAUUUUCUCCAGGAGAAGCAUUUUGGGAUGAAGCAAUUCAACUUGCUGAUGGCUUGUGUCAUCCAACAGUUAACUUCUGUGCAAAAGCUGCUGAUGAAGUUGGUUUUGCAGAAAGCCGGUGUUGUAAAAAGAACUCCGAUAAUUUGAUAGAAAAGAUAAAUGAAGGUGCAAGUACUGCUCCAUCUACUUCCUUACAAGGGUUGCUGGGAAGACCUGGAAAUGAAUUAGAAGAAAAAUCUCAUUUUCCUGUUAAGCAUUUUGAUUUCUUGUUUGACGACAAAAAUUUGGAUGGAAGUAUUGUACGUAAUGGUGACACAAAUAAUAUAAAGGUAUCUCAUGAAGGUGGGGUGUCAUCCGAAUCUAGUUCUGAUCUAAUCGAUCAUAGUUGUCCAAAAAAUGACAAUAAUUUCAACCAUCACAAUACUGGUGAAAGAAAUAAAGAGAUAUGUGGAGAGCAAGAGAUGACUCCUAUUGUUGCUGUGGCUAAAAAGGGGAAUUUAUUGGACAGGGAUGAUGAAAGCAUGAAAUAUAAUUCUCCAAUUGAUGGAAUUCGGAAGUCAAUUGGUAAUUCUGAAUGUGGGCAAGAUACUCCUUCAAGUAUUAUGCCAAGGAAAGAUUGGCUAGACUUAAACAGUUGGCUGCCAUCUGAAAUAUGCAGCAUAUACAGAAAGAAAGGAAUUUCUAAACUGUAUCAAUGGCAGGUUGACUGCCUUCAGGUGGAUGGUGUAUUGCAGAGAAGAAAUCUUGUAUAUUGUGCAUCCACAAGUGCAGGUAAAAGUUUCGUUGCUGAAAUUUUAAUGUUGCGGCGGGUCUUAUCAUUUGGAAAGAUGGCACUACUUGUGCUUCCUUAUGUAUCAAUCUGUGCCGAAAAGGCAGAACACCUUGAGGUUCUUCUUGAACCGCUCGGUAAGCAUGUUCGUAGUUAUUAUGGAAACCAAGGAGGUGGAACGCUUCCUAAAGACACUUCUGUAGCUGUGUGCACAAUAGAAAAGGCAAACUCAUUGUUAAACAGAUUGCUGGAGGAAGGUCGUCUAUCCGAAAUUGGAAUUAUUGUGAUAGAUGAACUGCACAUGGUUGGUGAUCGAAAUAGGGGUUAUCUGUUGGAACUCAUGUUGACAAAACUUCGUUACGCUGCUGGUGAAGGCAAUUCUGGAGGAAGCAGUGGUGAAAGUUCAGGUACAAGCAGUGGUAAACAAGACCCUGCUCAUGGUAUGCAGAUUGUAGGGAUGAGUGCAACCAUGCCAAACGUAGGAGCUGUUGCUGAUUGGCUUCAGGCUGCUUUGUACCAAACUGAUUUCCGUCCAGUUCCAUUAGAAGAAUAUAUAAAGGUCGGUAACACAAUUUAUAAUAAGAAUAUGGAUAUUGUUAGGACAAUUUCCAAAGCUGCUGAUCUUGGUGGCAAAGAUCCAGAUCAUGUUGUGGAAUUGUGCAAUGAGGUUGUUCAAGAGGGUCAUUCAGUGCUAAUAUUUUGCUCUAGUCGAAAAGGCUGUGAAUCAACUGCCAAACAUAUUUCAAAAUUCCUCCGAAGUUCUAAAGUUAGCUCUCAGAACAGUGAUGCUGAAUAUGCUGAUAUCACUUCUGCUAUUGAUGCCUUAAGAAGGUGUCCUGUUGGAUUGGACCCAGUAUUAGAAGAAACUUUGCCUUUUGGCAUUGCUUACCACCAUGCCGGGCUGACGGUUGAGGAAAGAGAGGUUGUUGAAACCUGCUAUCGGAAAGGCCUCAUACGUGUCUUAACUGCUACAUCUACUUUAGCUGCUGGGGUAAAUUUACCGGCUAGGAGGGUUAUUUUUCGUCAACCCAAAAUUGGUCGUGAUUUUAUUGAUGGGACAAGGUAUAAACAGAUGUCAGGUCGGGCUGGUCGUACUGGAAUAGAUACUAAGGGUGAAAGUGUUCUUAUUUGCAAACCAGAGGAGAUCAAAAGAAUCUCAGGUCUUCUAAAUGAAAGCUGUCCACCAUUGCAUUCUUGUUUAUCUGAAGACAUGAAUGGAAUGAUUCAUGCAAUCUUAGAAGUUGUUGCUGGGGGAAUUGUUCAGACUGCUAAAGAUAUUCAUCGAUAUGUAAGGUGUACUCUUCUGAAUUCUACAAAACCAUUUCAGGAUGUGGUGAAAUCAGCGCAGGAAUCUCUUCGUUGGUUGUGCCAUAUGAAAUUUCUUGAAUGGAAUGAAGAUACUAAGUUGUACAGUACCACACCCCUUGGGCGUGCUUCUUUUGGCAGUUCUCUUUCCCCAGAAGAAUCACUUAUUGUAUUGGAUGAUCUUACAAGGGCGAGAGAAGGAUUUGUCCUCGCAUCUGAUUUGCAUUUGGUUUACCUGGUAACACCCAUCAACGUUGAUGUUGAGCCAAAUUGGGAAUUGUACUACGAGCGGUUCAUGCAAUUGUCUCCUCUUGACCAGUCUGUUGGACAUCGAGUUGGAGUGGCAGAACCCUUUUUGAUGCGCAUGGCACAUGGUGCACCAAUACGCACUUCAAAGCCAAAAGAAAAUACGUCAGGAUUGCGUAGUAAAGGUCAAAACCAACUGGGAAUCACAAACAAUACUUCACUUUCAGAUGAUCAAGCUCUUCGAGUGUGUAAACGCUUCUACGUAGCUCUGAUCUUGUCAAGGCUAGUUCAGGAAGCACCUGUUCCCGAGGUUUGUGAAGCUUUUAAAGUGGCCAGAGGCAUGGUGCAAGCAUUACAAGAGAAUGCUGGUAGGUUUGCAUCUAUGGUGACUGUAUUUUGUGAGAGGCUUGGAUGGCAGGAUCUUGAAGGUCUAGUUGGCAAGUUUCAAAAUCGUGUUUCAUUUGGAGUGAGAGCAGAGAUUGUCGAGCUCACUACUAUUCCGUAUGUUAAGGGUUCUCGAGCUAGAGCUCUUUACAAAGCUGGCUUGCGUACACCUUUGUCAAUUGCUGAAGCAUCUGUUGCUGAGAUUGUCAAAGCUCUUUUCGAAAAGUCUUCAUGGGCUGGACAAGCUCAAAGACGGAUACAGCUGGGAGUGGCAAAGAAGAUCAAGAAUGGAGCACGCAAGAUGGUUCUUGAAAAGGCUGAAGAGGCAAGAGUUGCUGCCUUCGCAGCUUUCAAAUCACUCGGACUCAAUGUUCCACAGUUUCCAGGACAAUCAUUGUCAACUGCUGCGGGCAAUUCCUAUGAGCAAGGUGGUGCUGCAUCUUCUGGUAAUGAUACGGGCAAUAGCGCUGUUAAUGUCGAGCCAGUGGAACGUGCAGCUCAGCCAUCUUUUCAAGAAACUGUCCAUUCUGAGAAAGUUGUGUCUGCAAGUGAUGAGAAGAUAACAAAGACACUAAAUACUAGUGUUGUGGCUUUUGAAGUAAAUUCAAAUGCUGUCAUGGCUCGGAAGUUUGGUCUCGAUGAAUCUACAGUCUUAACUGAACAACCUGUCACCCUUCAAAUUGAGCAUGAAGCUACUGUUCCUCAUUCCAAAGAUGAUAAUUUGACACACCUAAUUAAGCCACAAGAAGAAGGUGAUAGACAUAUGAUUGGUAAUCAAGCCAUUGAUCCUCAACCGGGGAUGCAGCAGAGUAACAUUCGUUUAUCUUGUGGCGUUAGGGUCAGUGCUAAUGAGAAAGGCCCUAUGCAUGCAACUAAUGUUCCUGGUGGAUUUGAUUCUUUUCUGGAUCUCUGGGAAAAUGCCUGUGAGUUUUGUUUCGAUGUCCAUUACAACAAAAGAUCUGAAGUGAAUUCUGGGGCCUCUUUUGAAGUACACGGAAUAGCCAUCUGUUGGGAAAAUUCUGCUGUGUAUUAUGUCAAUCUCCCUAAAGAUCUACAAUGGUCUGACAAAAGUAUAAACGAUUGCUCGCAUGUGAAUGCAUCUGGUGAUAAAAAUAGUAUGUUUCUUGGUGGAAAUGGGUUGGAGAUUGUUAGACAAAGAUGGGAGAGGAUAAGUAGGAUAAUGGGGAAAAGAGAUGUUAGAAAGUAUACUUGGAAUUUGAAAGUUCAAAUUCAGGCACUUAAAUGUCCGGCAGUUUCAGUUCAGAAAUUCGGUUCCCAGAAUCUUGAAGAGAUAAAUAGAGGGUUUGAAAUUUUAGACAGUUCAUUUGUUUUGUUGACACCUAUUUGUGUAAAUUAUGGAAUUGACAUGUGCAUCGUGGCAUGGAUUCUUUGGCCCGAUGAGGAGAGAAGCUCUAGUCCAAACCUGGAGAAGGAAGUAAAGAAAAGGUUAUCUAGUGAGGCUGCGACUGCUGCUAAUCAAAAUGGUAGGUGGAAGAAUCAGAUGCGUAGAGCUGCUCAUAAUGGUUGCUGUCGUCGAGUUGCACAAAUACGAGCAUUGUGUUCUGUUCUCUGGAAGUUGAUUGUGUCUGAUGAACUCACUGAAGCACUUUUGAAUGUUGAAAUUCCUUUGGUUAACAUUCUUGCAGACAUGGAACUUUGGGGAAUAGGUGUUGAUAUGGAGGGAUGCCUCCGAGCACGAAAUUUGGUGGGGAAGAAGUUAAGGAAUCUUGAGAAAGAAGCUUAUAAGCUGGCAGGCAUGACAUUUUCGUUAUACACAGCAGCAGAUAUUGCCAAUGUACUGUAUGGACACUUAAAGCUUCCGAUACCAGAGACCGGUAACAAAGGGAAGCACCAUCCUAGUACAGACAAGCAUUGUUUGGAUUUGUUAAGGCACGAGCAUCCUAUUGUUCCAGUUAUAAAAGAGCAUCGGACAUUGGCAAAGCUUUUAAACUGUACAUUGGGAUCAAUUUGCUCGCUUGCUAAGCUCUCGGUUGGGACACACAAACACACUUUACAUGGUCAUUGGCUUCAAACGUCAACUGCAACUGGUCGGCUUUCAAUGGAGGAACCUAAUCUCCAGAACGUUGAGCACAUGGUGGUCUUCCAAAUCAACAAGGAUAAAAAGGGAAAAGAAGCUGAUGCUGCAGAUUCUUACGAAAUCAAUGCUCGUGAUUACUUUGUUCCUACUCAGGAGAACUGGUUACUUUUAACAGCUGAUUAUUCCCAGAUAGAACUGCGGAUGAUGGCACAUUUCUCUAAAGAUUCCGCUCUAGUAGAACUUUUAAGUAAACCCAGUGGUGAUGUCUUCACCCUAAUAGCUUCAAGAUGGACUGGGUGUGGAGAAGAUUCUGUAGGUUCUGAUGAACGAGAUCAGACCAAAAGGUUGGUGUAUGGCAUUCUCUAUGGAAUGGGUGCUAACACCCUGGCAGAGCAACUCGGUUGCAGUCCUGCUGAAGCUGGUGAAAAAAUUCGAAGCUUUAAGAAAUCUUUUCCUGGAGUUGCUCGUUGGCUUCAUGAAGUGGUUGUAGACUGCCGUGAGAAAGGUUAUGUGAAGACCAUAAAAGGAAGGAAACGGUUCUUGUCAAAAAUAAAGCUUGGAAAUUCUAAAGAAAAAUCUAAGGCUGAGAGACAAGCUGUGAAUUCUAUUUGUCAGGGAUCUGCUGCUGACAUAAUUAAGAUCGCGAUGAUAAACAUUUAUUGUGUAAUAGUCGAUGGAGUAGUGCCGGCUUCACUUUCAUCAUUUGCAGACAAGUUUAACUUGUUAAAGGGCCGCUGUCGAAUUUUGUUACAGGUACAUGACGAGCUAGUUUUGGAAGCGGAUCCCUCUGUAAUAACCGAAGCUGCUUUACUGUUACAGAUGAGCAUGGAGAAUGCUACUUCGCUUCUCGUACCUUUGCAAGUCAAACUGAAACUUGGAAGAAAAUGGGGUUCUAUGGAACCUUUCCAGGGGGAUAAGUAGGGGAGAAAACUCUUCUCCCUGAUACCAAAAUUUGAUCAGAACAAACCAAUGUUUAGUAAUGCUGGUGAGAUGAUUUACAGCCAGUUUUCCCAGUUUAUGAAUGUCUUGUUUUUAAGUUCGAUUUUCAUACAACGGGAAUUCAUUUCAAAUUGCUAAAAGUAGCCAAGGAGAAGGAUUUCUGCAUCAUCUUGCUGCAGAUUUUGCUUCUAUCAUGCUCGAAAGGGAACCUCGAAGACUUAGGCUCGUCUGCUCUAUCCGUUUCUGUGCCAGUUCUUUUUUCUGGGCCAUACAGAGUUAUAUUUUAGAUAAAGCAAGGGCGUUCCACUGUCCUUGCAACAUUUCGUUCGGGUGUACAGAAACUGUCGAACUGACCUGUUCGAAAACUCUUCAAAGGGAGUGAUACCGAAAAACUAUCCUUUGGUUCGGGUGUGCAGAGACUUUUCUUUGAUGGUGUUAGCACUGACAUUGGGACGAGAACAGCAUCGAAAGCUGAGUUACUCGUAGUAAGGAUCGAAUAAAUAGCGACAAUGGCAUUUCAUUCGAUUCGAGUUCGGCUCAAAAUGCAGGCAGCUGCAGUUCAGUUUCACAGCACAUCUUAUUGCCAAGAUCAAUUGAUGAUUGAUUACUUGUUUCUCUUUUAUAGUAAGCUAAGCUGUACAUGAUGAACUCCAAAAAAAGUGGUUAAUUGUCCUUUAUUCUUUCAUUCAAUUAUUUUUUUUAUUUUUUAUUUUUGAUUGCUUUUCAUUCAAUUAUUUUUAAUUAACAACCAUGAUUGAUUUCAGCCACUUUGCUAAUGUAGUGUAAUUUUAUAGAUUUAAAUUUUAAUUGUAGAAAUAAAUAUAAAAUUACAGGCU